UCUGGAUGUUCCAUUCCUGAAUCUCGAAUCUCGCUCAAGGUACUGAUCGCUGCCGAGUCUAUCAAGAUGCCUUCCAUCGAGUCCACCCCCAGGACCCUCUAUGACAAGGUCUUCCAAGACCAUAUCGUCAACGAAGAGCGAGAUGGCACUGUCCUCUUGUAUAUUGAUAGACAUCUUGUCCACGAAGUCACAUCUCCACAAGCCUUCGAAGGGCUGAAGAACGCCAAGCGGAAAGUCCGCCGACCAGACUGCACCCUUGCUACCACCGACCACAACGUCCCCACGACGUCACGGAAGAAUUUCAAGAAUGUGGCAGACUUUGUCAAGGAAGACGACAGCAGAUUACAAUGCACAACCCUCGAAGACAAUGUCAAAGAUUUUGGGCUCACAUAUUUUGGCCUCGGGGACAAGAAUCAAGGCAUCGUGCACAUCAUCGGUCCCGAACAAGGCUUCACCUUGCCCGGCACAACAGUCGUCUGCGGCGACAGCCACACCUCGACUCAUGGCGCCUUCGGCGCCUUGGCUUUUGGUAUCGGCACUAGCGAGGUCGAACACGUCCUGGCCACGCAAUGCUUGAUCACAAAAAAGAGCAAGAACAUGCGGAUACAGGUCGACGGCCAGUUGGCCCCCGGGGUGAGCAGCAAAGACAUAAUUCUGCAUGUCAUUGGGGUCAUCGGCACCGCCGGCGGUACAGGCGCCGUCAUCGAGUUCUGCGGCUCUGCCAUCCGAAGUCUCAGCAUGGAAGCCCGCAUGUCCAUCUGCAACAUGUCGAUCGAAGGAGGAGCUAGGGCCGGCAUGAUCGCCCCCGACCAGACCACCUUCGACUACCUCAAGGGACGUCCUCUGGCUCCAAAGGUCGACAGCAAUGAGUGGAAGAAGGCGACAAACUACUGGGCCAGCUUAAGGUCGGACGAAGGUGCCAAAUAUGACAUCGAGGUCUUCAUCGACGCCAAGGACAUUGCCCCUACAGUCUCUUGGGGUACGUCGCCGCAGGAUGUCGUUCCCAUUACUGGCGUCGUCCCGGGCCCUGAUGACUUUGAGGACCCGAACAGGAAGGCAAGCUGCAAACGGGCCCUUGAAUAUAUGGGACUCACAGCCGGCACCAAGAUGGAAGACAUCGAGGUGGACAAGGUCUUCAUUGGCUCAUGCACAAAUUCCCGCAUUGAGGACAUUCGUGCUGCCGCGAAGAUCGUCAAGGGCAAGAAAGUGGCACCAAAUAUCAAGCGGGCCAUGGUUGUUCCAGGUUCUGGCAAUAUCAAAGCCCAAGCUGAGAGCGAAGGGCUGGACAAGAUCUUCCUGGACGCCGGCUUCGAAUGGCGGGAAGCUGGCUGUUCAAUGUGCUUGGGCAUGAAUCCUGAUAUUCUGUCUCCCAGAGAACGCUGUGCCAGUACCUCGAAUCGCAACUUCGAAGGACGGCAAGGUGCUCUGGGCCGCACACAUCUUGUGUCUCCUGUCAUGGCGGCGGCGGCGGCCAUCGUGGGCAAAUUGGCUGAUGUGCGCAAAUACAGCGACAAUCCCUCCCCCGCCAAAGCAGACCCCAAACUUGACGUGAGGCCUGAAUUUGCUGAAGUCGACUCUGAAGAAGAGCUUGACCGUAUCCUCGACAUCCCCACAGACGCAACAAGCACAGCCACAAAUCACGUCCCGGCAUCGGGAGCAUCAGGCGGUCUCCCCAAAUUCACCGUGCUCAAAGGUAUCGCAGCACCUCUCGAUAAAGCCAAUGUGGACACGGACGCCAUCAUCCCCAAGCAAUUCCUCAAGACCAUCAAGCGCACCGGACUCGGCUCCGCGCUCUUCCACCCUUUGCGCUACAACGAAGAUGGCAGCGAAAACCCGUCUUUUGUCCUGAACAAAGAACCUUACCGCCAGGCCAAGAUCCUCGUCGUCACCGGGCCCAACUUCGGGUGCGGCUCUUCGCGAGAACAUGCCCCAUGGGCGCUUCUGGACUUUGGAAUCAAGUGCGUCAUCGCCCCGAGCUACGCGGACAUCUUCUUCAACAACACCUUCAAGAACGGCAUGUUGCCGCUCAUCAUGCCCGACCAGGCGAAGCUCAACAAAAUCGCCGACGAGGCCCGAGCCGGCCACGAGAUCGAAGUGGACCUGCCCAACCAGGUCAUCCGCGACGACAAGGGCAACGAGCUCGCCCGGUUCGAGGUGGAGGAGUUCCGCAAGCACUGUCUCGUCGAGGGCCUCGACGACAUCGGCCUGACCAUGCAGAUGGAGGACAAGAUCGCCCAGUUUGAAGCCAAGAGGACCUUGGACACGCCGUGGUUGGACGGCAGUGGGUAUCUCAAGAAGUGGCGCAAAGGCCCCGUCAAGAUCGAGGCGGCGCCCGUACCCAAGACGAAUCGGGGCGAGGUCAAGACCGAUCCUGUCGAAUGGUAAUAGACGUAGUGUGCUGGGAUUCGGGAAAGGAAACCUCAAACGGAGCUGCUGUAAUUUGCAAAUCACUCGACGGGGCGGUACGAACCACCAAAAAAAAAAUGAUGAGGGAAUUCCUUGAGAGGAACAUACUUGGACGAAUAGUUUGGCGAACUGGAAAGCCACUUCAAUCCUGAUCUCCUUGUUGAUUAUAAAAGUAUUCCGAUGAGUUCAUGGCGUUGAUGGUAGAUGAUUGAUGAGUGAUCGAAUCUACCCCCCCACCCCUCAGCCCGUCCUCUCCUUCUUGGGUU